AUUGAGUUAUAGCCUAUGUUUGAUAUCCAUAUGUCUAAUAGCAAUUCUAGGCCAUUGGACUCACCGGCAACUGAGCAUGGAGAUGACUCCAAAUUCCGAGCUCCCAGGGGAGUACUUGAUGUUUGAUGGCCGGUGCAUGGGAGGAUUAUCAGCCAGCUGCUAUUGAUUCCGGGUUCAUCGGCAAUCCUGUUAAUCAAGUAAAUAUAGUUAAUGAGACUGGUCGGAUUAGCAGCUUCCAUAAAGGACCAAAUAACAGAGAAAGUGUAGGUGGAAGGGUGGAGAAGAAAGUAAGGGAAAGAAUUGCAUUUAGAACACGGUCAGAGGUUGACAUACCGGAGGAUGGGUACAAGUGGAGGAAAUAUGGAAAGAAGAAGGUGAAGAACAGUCCAAAUCCAAGGAAUUAUUAUAGAUGUUCUCAAAGUGGGUGUCCUGUGAAGAAGAGGGUUGAAAGAGAUAGAGAAGAUCCAACUUAUGUGAUUACCACUUACAAAGGGAUCCAUAACCACAGCUCUCCUGAGUGUUUAAUGUUUCCUCAGGUGGAUUCAAUGGAGAAGCAGAAGAUGGACGGGGUGGUCAAAAGCGAGCCAGUUGUUGAGUCUCAUGAUGGUGGCUAUGAAAUGAAAUUUUAUGGGCCAAUGCAUGAUGAUGAUGGGAGCAUCAAGAAAAAGAAAAGUCGGGGUAAUAUCGGUGGUGUUUGCUGUCAGGUUGCUUCUUGCCCUGCUGAUCUUACGGAGGAUAAGACGUAUUUCGGGAGGCAUAAAGUGUGCGAAUAUCAUGCAAAGGCUGCGGUUGUGACUUUGAAUGGGCUGCAACAGGGGUUUUGUCAACAAUGUAGCAGAUUCCAUGAGCUGAGUGAAUUUGAUGAUAUUAAAAGAUCGUGUCGUAGGCGUUUGCUUGGGCUCGAUGGGCGACAAAGGAAUACUGCAAGUGUAUUUCGUGCAGAAAGCCUAAGCCACAAAGCAACAGCAGCCAUGCCAGAACCCCAGAAGAGAUCUGAGCAUCUUUGUGAGAGCAAAAUAUAUGAGCAACAUGAUACCAGAUCAAGCAAAGAAGCUACAAGCGAGGUCGUACAGGCUGCAAUGGGCUUACCACCGGCUGAUUAUAUUCAACAACCGGAAGGUUUAUUUCAAUUUGAACAAGAUGGCGAUGGAAAAGGAGAAACAAAGAAGGUGAAGGUUCGAGGGAUGGCUGAAGUCUUCCAACAAUCAAAUCAAAGUGGUCAUAAGCCUGUUUGGACUCCCAUUAAGAGAUCAGAAGCAAACAGAGGCGGACAAGUCCCUACCGCUACCACUAAAUUUAUGCCGGUGAAUCCAUCUGAAUUCCGAAAAAUGCUGGAGUUUAAUGGACAGAUGGAGAAUAUGGGAGAUUGGAAGCAGAGGAAUCUAAUUUAUGAGCUGACACAAGGAAGAGAGUUCGCGAAGCAGCUUCAGUUGCAUCUCAAUGGGCCAUCUUCAUCCCAGGAAACUCUGGAAUCGCUGCUCCAGAGGAUCCAAGCUUCCUAUGAAAAGUCGCUUUCAAUCCUCAAAUGGAACACCUCGGUGGCGAUGGAGCAGCCUGAAAGUGACAUAACUGAAGAACUCGGCAUGCGAGCAGACAUAGAAACAGAGGAUGAAUUGCCAUUUAGUGUUGAAAGAUAUUCCAAUAUGAGUUCCAGGCAAGGUGGAAAAGUGCUGACUGAGAUACCAGAAGGAGACGAAUGGAUUGCUCCAAAUAUCUGUGCAACUGUUUGUAAACCUGUUCUCCCAGAAUCUCCAAACUGCCCAUUUCUGGUUGCUCUGUCCUUGGAAGGAAGCAAAGCUCUUAUGGCUAUCCCUUCGUCGUUCUUUGAGCACAUGCCUGUCCUUACACGCUUGAAUUUGUCUCAUACUAGUAUCAGAUCUUUGCCUGUGUCUCUUUUCAAGUUGGUUUCACUUAAAGAACUCAGUCUAAGGCACUGCAAACUCUUCAUGGAAUUGUCACCACAAGUUGGACAACUUUAUAAUCUUGUUUUGCUAGAUCUUGAUGAGACUCAGAUUGCAGAAUUGCCAAAGGAGAUUGGAAAACUUUCUAAUCUAGAAAUUUUGAGAUUAUCCCUUGAUGGAUACAUGAAUUGUGGAAAGCAGUUGCAGCAAAAUGUAUUAAUUCAUCCUGGGACCAUUACAAGGCUCUCGCAGUUGAUGGAAUUAAAAAUUGAUGUGAAUCCGGAGAAUGACGACUGGAAUGCAGUCGAGGAAGUUGUUGUAGAGGAAAUCUGUAGCCUGGAAAGAUUGCAGCAUCUUAUAUUAUACCUGCCAAAUGUUCAGAUUUUGGGAAAACGCACAACAGGUAGCACAUCACUCAGUUAUUAUCCAUUGUGCCGGUUCAAGUAUACUAUUGGGCAGCAUAGACAGCGUAUCAUCUCUCGAGUACCAGAAAAAGUUGAAGCUUGCUUUCAAGAGUGGGACAAAUGCUUGAAAUUUGUUAAGGGCAAUGAUAUCUCAAGUGAGAUGAAAAGGGUAGUUGGAUACACAAAAGCAUUCUACCUUGAACGUCAUGCCACUGCUAGAAGCUUGUGUGAUUUUGGGAUCAAAAAUAUGAAGAACCUAAAGUUCUGCUUAUUGGCAGAAUGUAAUGAAAUCCAAACCAUCAUAGAUGAAGGAAAGUUUUAUGAAGAAGAAAAAAUUGAUAUAGUUGAAGAUGUGGAGACAGAUUGUGGGUCUGGAGUUAAGGCAUAUACUGCUCAAGAACCUGUAGUUUUGAAUCUACAGUACUUGCACAUCUAUUACCUGAAGAAUUUAGCGAGCAUUUGGAGAAGCCCCACCUAUGAUAAGCAGUGUCUAUCUGGCUUGAAGGUCCUAGAACUCCAUGUGUGCCCCAAAUUGAGUGUCAUUUUCUCACCUGCUUUGCUCACUAAUCUUGGCAAGUUGGAGGUGCUUGUAGUUGAAGACUGCCCUGAAUUGACCAGUGUUGUAAGCCCAACAAGCAAUGCAUCCUUUGAGUUUUCACUAGAUUGUUUUCUGCCUAGCUUGAAGAUGAUGCUACUUCUUUUCCUUCCGAAAUUGGAAAGCAUAUCUAGUGACUUUCACAUUGCGCCAAAACUAGAAAAGAUAGGAUUUUAUGAUUGCCCAGAGCUUAAGAGUCUUUCUACAAGGGAAAUGUCAAGUGAAAAUUUGAAAGCGAUCAAAGGAGAAAGGGAGUGGUGGGAAGCAUUGGAAUGGGAGGAGUCAGAGUGGAAAAGUCAGCCCGAUUAUCUCCAUAGCAUUUUCUUCCCAGUUGACGAAGACGAUGAUGUGAUGACACAAAUGCAAGAGAUGUAUGACAAUGGGUCCACUGCUAAUCAGGGGAUAGUAGAGCAAGUGGUGAGGUCCACUGCUAAUCAGGGGAUAGUAGAGCAAGUGGUAAAGUCCACCUCCUUUCCCCUAGAUGAUAGAGCUGGGUUGGUUAGAACCUCAACUCAGUGUUAUCCCCCUCCCUGCCCUGUAAAGCAAUAAAAAAAGAUACAGAACCAGGACGUCCAUGGUCUUGGUUGCUCAGAUAUCAGAUGAAGUCAUAGAGGUAGUGCUAAAUUUAAGCCUCCGAAUUUUGAUUAUGGUUUGUUUUAUGAAAAGCAGUUUGAAAUUUAUAAUUAUAUGUUAUGUGAUCUAGACCAACUACUGAAUAUUGAGGACAUAUGUUUAAGUAAAUUCUAAUGUCACGA